AUGUUGAAAGUGUUUCACGUUACCGCGUCAUGGUCCAAGAUUGGUUUUUGCAUAAUCUGCACUUUACUAUGCUAUUUAAGUGUAUUUUUACUGACUAUCAGCACCAUGAGCAGGUUUCAAUAUGAGCAGCUUGAUGUGUUUAUGGACAUUAGAAUGUACCGAUUGAUAUUGUUUCUGGCAUUGGUUGGCACACUUUGUCUAAUGCUAGCAUUCAUAGGAUUUGUUGGGAUCUGGAUAGGGAACCGAACUGUGCUGCAUACGUUUUGUUGGCUAUUAAUCAUCUUUUCUUGUUUGGAGACAACUGUGGCAUUUAUCGGUUACAAGCAACGACACAGCAUAGAAACGCAAAUGGAAUCCAAUUUAUGGUACUCAGUGAACAACUACCCUACAGAUGUUAAUUUGCAAUCAUACGUUGAUUUGCUGCAAAUGCAGGUGCAAUGUUGUGGAGUGAACAAUUACACGGAUUGGCUUAAAGAGAUGCCCCCAGAUGAUAUCACAACCCAUGACAAGGAUAUUGCAGCAUUGUUUGUUCCGCUUUCUUGUUGCGAUCUCACGGAUAAUGAAAAAUGUUCAAUAUUUGAAGCUGGGUGUCAAAACAAAAUGUACGAUAUUUUAUACGAAGUUGGACAUACGGUGAUAGUAUAUACGCUAAUGGCGAUAGUAAUACAGUUGUGUGCAGCCGCUUGUAUGCUUUUACUGUUGCCCCAUCUGAAGUUUAUUAAACCCAACGAUGAAAACGUAUUUCAGACGGAUACGAGGAGCUCAUUUGGUUAUACAAAGUUACAAAACAUUCGUGAGUCAAGCGAUUCACCCUAGUAUGUAAUGGUGCAUUUAUCGUUAUCUUCUCUAUCACCCCAUGUGAAUGAAAAUAGUAUUGUAUCUUAAACAGCUUGAUAAGGUACUUAUGAUAACACAUGUAUAUUGCAUGAGCAGCUUUGUCACUCAUUUUUAAGUUUGAAAGCACGGAAUGCUCAGCAUCGAAUCUAAACAUGCAAAGUGUAGUGUAUAAAACACUGAAAACUUACCUUAAUAAUACAUAUUUUACUUAGAAUUCAAAUAAGCAAAGUAUUAAUGCUAAUCUAGUAUACGCCACGUGUUCAAUUGAAAUGUGUCGUAAAAAUAUAUAAUAUAUAUUAUAUUAUGAU